UCAGGAGUAAAAUUAUGAAUUAUGUUAACUUAUUUUAAAUUGUAUUUUGAUUAUGGAAUGCAGUAUGUGGGUGAAUUUGUCAUUUUUAUGACCUUUGGAAAGAUACUGGUUCCCUCUCUUUAACAACAGUAGCAUGCUUUGAACAGUAUGUUUGAUGCAAUGCCAAAACUACAGCUCUCAGCUGAGAAUUACGAUACUUUUGACUCAUCCAAGUGGCCAGUAUUUUCUAUAACUUAGCUUUAGGAUGUACACUUAAUAUAUUCUUAUGUAACAAAUUUAAUAGUGACUUAUGAGAUGGAGAAAAAUAAAAACAAUGAUAAUAAUCCUGGUUUAAUGCAUGAUUGGUCUAUACAUGCACAUUUAAAAUUAACACAACCCAAUAACAAUCUACCAUUAUCUCAGCAACCACGCUAUGGAUUUCAACGAGGAAAUAUUGUGUUUACUGCCCAGCCACCUCAAAGGACAGAUUCUGGUCUAGGCAGUUCAUCUCGUGGAUCAACAUGUGAUUGUGCAUUCAAUAUAGUACCUCAAUGUGAAGUAUGUUGUGGUAUAAGAAGCCCCAUGUCAACUAGAAGAGCACAAAGUUAUACAGCACAUUUUUGUACCAAUGUGCCGCCAAAAAAACAUCUAGAAACUGUGGAUGUGUCCUGUCAGACAUCUCCUUCUACUUCAACUAUCUUAACAAAGGAAAAUACCAACAUUUUUAUAAAAAAUCGUAAAUAUGAAUUAGAUAAACAUAAAAAACAUCAUGCCAGGACUGUACAUAUUGAUGUUUAUUGCACAGAAUCUUCAGAUUCAGAUAAUACUUUCACAUCUAAAUCUACAGACACAUUACUAAAUUUAUCAGAUGUCAAAAUUAAAUGCAAAAAGAUAUCAAAAAAAUCUAACAAAGCUCGAAGUCAAUCAACAAUGUCUAAUCAAAGUAUGUUACAAAGAAGUCCUUGUUUAUCCGCAAUAAGUUCUACAAAUACGAUAUCAGAUUCUUCUUUUUAUGAGUCAUCUAGUUGUGGUUUAUCAUCAUUUAUGGAUUCAACUACCUUAGAAAAUAGUAGUUUAACUAGUUUCGAAUCCGAAAAUAUACAACAAACAUACAAGUCAAAAAACUAUGAUGACACAACAAGCAGUAGUUCAGAUGAUGAAUGCUCCGAGACUGCGUGGAGUUUCAAUAGCAUUGGUUUUCAAAAAAAUCAAACUUUAGCAAGACGCCCAUGGUCUAAAGUAAAAAAUAUAAAUGACGAUAUGGGCAGCUUUAGUGACUGUUCACAAUCACCCAUGUAUAGGCAGCCGUCAAAUUCUACAUUUGUUAUGACUCAAGUUGCUAAAAUGGCAUCAAAAUUUGGUCCUAUGCGAUCGCCUGUAAAACAAGAUCAUCAUGUUGGACCUUCCAAGAAUCCUGAUUGUUCCUGUUUUAACUGUCGCAGGUAUUAUAAUACCAGACAUAGAUCGUAUUCCAUUGGUAGUGAAGCUGGUCAAUCAGAGAUAUUGACAAUGUUUAGAAAAUGUCUCUAAUGUAUUAAUAUAAAACCAUAUUUUUUUUAAUUCAAACACUAUAUAAAUUGUACUAUUUUAUAAAAUAUUUUGCAUGAUGUAAUUAAUUUAAUUUUAAGAUAACAAAAACAAAAAAAAAAAAAAUAAUGUAAAAAUAUUGGAUUCAAUCCAAAUAAACGAAUAGAAGUAAUUACAUAUUAA